AUGCACAAACAGUGUUGAAAGGUUUAUACACAAGCAUGUUUUGUUGUGAUUCAUCAUGCGUCUCAAUAUAAACCUGUUCAGGUGUAUUCACUGUCAGUUUGCAAUAACAAUUUGCUGUGAGAGGUGUGUUUAACACUUUGGAACACAUCGUCGAACUGCCAGCUUAUCCGAACCAAAUGCAAACAUGAAGAUAACCUUUGCCUCGUUCCUCCUUGUCUUGCUCUCGAAAUACUCGCACCAGCAAUGCCUGUCCCAGGAAGACGAUAACAAGUCCAGAAACCCCCUCGGGAGGGAGAGGCUCUACACAGGGCAGCAGGAGUUCUCCCUGGCCCUUCUGCAGGCCAUCAACCAGUUGAUGCCCCACGAGAACCUCUUUUUCUCGCCCUAUUCCACCUACCAUGCCCUGCUGAUCGCCUAUUUCCUGGCAGGCGGGCAAACCGAGAGCUACCUCAAGAAAAUCCUCAGACUCGAGCCCUCGCAGAAUAAACCAGAUUUUUAUCAAGCGUAUAAACUGGAUAAGCUGCAAACACUCACGGCUAAUCGCAAGAGCUCGCACCAGUUUACGAACGCUAAUAAAAUUUAUGUAGCGGAUCAGAUUGAUGUAAGGUCGUGUAUCGAGUCAUUGUUCAAAGAUGAGUUGGAGAAAAUUUCGUUUAAAAAUGACCCACAAGCCGCCAGGAAUUUGAUUAAUACGUGGGUGGAGGAACAUACGGAGAAGAUGAUCAAGGAUUUGCUGCCACCUGGAAGUAUUGACCAAAGCAGCACGCUGGUGCUGGUCAAUGCGGCGUAUUUUAACGGCACGUGGGAAAAUAAGUUCAAUCCGAAUGAAACUAGGCCUGAGAUUUUUUAUGUGAGUCCUUCGAAGCAGAUCAUGGUCGAUAUGAUGCAUGUUGAGGGGACCUUCAACCACGACGUUUCCGAGAGCUUGGAAGCGCACAUUCUGGAGAUGCCGUACACCGGCAACAACAUCAGCAUGUACAUCCUUCUGCCCCCCUUCACCAAAGAAGACGCCAUCGACAACACGCUGAAAAAGCUCACUUUGGAGAAGUUCCAAAGCAUCGUCAACAGCGGCAGCUUGACCUCAAAGACCGUCCAAGUCUCCUUCCCCAAGUUCUCCCUCGAACACACCGUGGAGCUAGUCCCGAUCCUUGAAUCGUUGGGUGUGGGCAAUCUCUUCAAAAAAGACGCAGAUUUCUCAAAACUCUCCUCUAACCCCGAGGUCUCAGUCGGUCGAGGCAUCCACAAAGCAAGAAUCGUAAUAAACGAGCAGGGGGCUCACGCCGCCGCCGCCACCGCUUUAUUCACUUGGCGCAUGAUGGGCGACGACGACGACAACCCCAUCGAAUUCAAAUGCAACCGCCCUUUCGUCUUUCUUAUUUACAACAAAAACACGCACACUAUCCUCUUCACGGGAGUGUUCAAUAGACCCGAAUAGCACUUUACUAAUACCCUGUACUUCUGUAUAUAGUCGCAAUAAAGCUUUACGUAAUGUUUUGGGGGUUAUUCUAGGUGUUAGAGAAAAUGGGGGUUGGAGAUCUGUUCCAAAACGGGGCCGAUUUCACCACUUUCACGAAGAGCAAAGUCGAGCUCGGCAACGCCUUGCACAAGGCGAGGAUUGAGUGCAACGAGGAGGGCACCAAGGCUGCCGCCGCCACUGUGCUCUUCAGUUUCAGGUCGAGCAGACCGGCUGAACCGGCACAGUUCCACUGCAAUCAUCCUUUUAUUUAUGUUAUUUACGAUAAAGUCGCUAAAGCCGUUUUGUUCACCGGGGUCUUCCGGAGACCCGUCUAAGACUUUGUUUUGUUUUUGUGAUUGUUAUUAUUUAUUGUCUAAGCACUGUUCUUAUCUAAUAUUCAUUUCGGGCCGCAUUACGUGAAAUAAAGACUUUUUAACACUAA